AUGGAUCUGCUUGUGAAUAAAUAUCGUCCUAAGGAUGUGCAGGAAGUGGUUGGGAAUCCCCAAACGGUGGAAAUGAUCUCGCUGAUAGUGCAAAGCAAUGACAUGCCGCAUCUUCUAUUUACGGGCCCGCCAGGAACCGGAAAGACAACAUGUGCAAAGAUGCUAGCAAAGACACUUCUUGCCAAUAAUCCAGAAGGACUGCUGGAACUGAAUGCAUCAGAUGAGAGAGGAAUAGACACAGUUAGGACAACAAUAAAAAGUUUUGCUCAGCGUAAGAUAAGCAACUGUGUUUUUAAAAUAAUCAUACUUGACGAGGCAGACUCAAUGACCACUGCAGCUCAGCAAGCAAUGCGUAGGAUCAUGGAGAUCCACAGCAACGACUGCAGGUUCAUAUUGAUAUGCAAUGCUUUUGCAAAGAUCUUUGAGCCGAUCCAAAGCAGAUGUGCAGUGUUAAAGUUCGACAAGAUCGAUCGAUCGAUUGUUUUCAGUAGGCUUAGGGAGAUAUCGAAGUAUGAAGCAAUCAAUAUAACCGAGGAAGCUUUGGGUCUGCUUGCCGACCUCAGCGAUGGCGAUAUGCGGCAGGCAUUAAACAUCCUUCAGGCAUGCAUCAAUGUAUCUUUUCCAAUAGAUCAAAAAUUCAUUAUCAAGAUAAUAGGGCUUCCAUCUCCAAGAAGAAUUGAGGGCAUACUGAGAAGACUUUUGAAGAACGACAUUGAAAACGCAAUUGCUGAGUUUAAUGCAGUAUGGAACGAAGGAUUUGAUGCGACAGACCUGAUGGGCUCGUUUUUCAAAGCAUGCAAAAAGAUUGAGAAUUACGAGCUACUGAAGAUAGUUGGGCUAGCAACAAUGCGAAUUUCCGAAGGAGUAGACUCCAAGACGCAGUUUUAUGGGCUAUUCAAUGACAUUGUGUGUAUAGGUGCUCGUAAUGCUUAG